UGUUGCCAGUAUGAUUGAGCCCUCUUGGCCCUCUUCUUCUCCUUGAUCGCGAGGAUAAUUCCAGUAAACAAAAUCCACGAAAGACGUCAUGGGCGUUGUAAGGCCUCAACUCACGGCGCCGCCCAAAGCCCCCAAGGCGCUUCUGUGCAUUCAUGGGGCCGGAGGUUCAGCAACCAUAUUUCGCGUCCAGACGGCCAAACUCCGCAUGGCAUUAAGACACGAGUUUGAAUUCGUCUAUGCCACUGCCCCCUUCAUAUCCAAGCCCGGCCCGGGUGUACUGCCGCUGUUUCAAGGCAUGGGCCCUUACUACUCCUGGUUUAAGAAGGACGACAGCGACAAAAACAUCAGAGUGAACCCAUUGGAAAACGUAGAGAAUUCCAGCGCCAACGCGUCGGUGGGCGAGCGGCUCUUGGCCGUGAACACGCCCGUGCAGAAGGUUAUCGAAGACUGGCAGAAAAAUAACCCGCAGACACCCAUCGUCGGCGUGCUCGCCUUCUCCGAGGGCGCAUUGGUAGCUACAUUGCUGAUAUGGCAGCAGCAGAUGGGAAGGCUACCAUGGUUCCCAAAUAUGAACAGUGCUAUGUUCAUUUGCUGCUACUAUACCGAGGAAGCUACAGACUACAUGAGGGCCGAGUCACCGGAUGGCCAGGAAACCCUUUUGAUCAACACACCGACGUUGCAUCUCCAAGGCCGUCAAGAUUUUGUUCUUGAAGGGUCAAAGAAGAUAGUUGCAACGCAUUACUUGCCUCAAAAUGCUGAUGUGUUGGAAUUCGACGGGCAGCACCACAUUCCAAAAAGGAAGGAUGAUCUUGAUGAGGCUGUCAGGCGUUUUCUCAACAUGUACAAAUAUUAGAAACCCAGAGCAGUAGAAGGUUGGUCGGAGCAGAUUUAUAUUAGAAACAUCCAUUCAAUCUCCG